CUGUGCUUCUGCUCUCUGGUGAGAAGGAUCCAUAUCUCCUGUGUGCCAGUGCUCCCAGGCGGGGCCUACCCCCAGCACACCCACAUCCAACACAACGCACAUGUCAGCGAAAUCUAGGUAACAUUGGCCUAGCAGCAGUCGCAUCGAGGCGACCGAGGCGGCAUCUGGUCUUCCGCCGCCCAUCGCGCCAACCCAAUUAAUCUCGUGUCGGUCUCGGAGUGCUGCUCCAGACCAAGACUGCAACAGCCCCCAUGCGUCGACCGACCGUGAGCGCGCUUCGAACGACCUGUCAUUUAACUGUUCGGAGCCUCGCGCGCGGCGCUAGGUGCCGGACUUUGAUUCAGCCUCGAAACGCCGGCCCCGGAAGCCUCAGCGGCGUUCGUAUUUACUCGUCGCGCCCCAGCGCUCGGCCUCCUCCCAAGCAUGCGCCCACGGAGCCCCUGCAGUCCUCCAUGUUCUCCCGCCGCCUCGCCGUUCUCCUGACGUCCACGCUUGUCGGAUACGGCGCGUGGUACUCAUACCAGGGCAACAAUAUGACUGAUCCGGCCCGCUCCUACACCCCGGGCCCUGCCAAGCCUAUCGACGGUGCCGCCCCGACUCGGAAUGUCCUCGUCAUAGGCGCCGACGAGCUCUACACAGGCACGUUUGUCGGCGAGGGUCCCAUCUCCAAGACUACCGAGGACGAGCGGCGCAUGGUCGUCGAGAUGCUCAACCCCGACCAGUCUACCCACAAGCUUCGCAAGAACGAACAAUCGUAUCUUGUCAACAGAGGCCAGGGUGUUGUGCGCUACGAUCUGGUUCAACUACCCAGCAAUGACCCCAUCGAGGAUGACCAUGCCGAGAAAAUUGUCGAGGUGCCUGGAAAGUCGGAGGCUGGCCAGUCUGUUGCCCAGAACGACUGGAUGUUCUGGGGAGUCUUUGACGGUCAUUCUGGAUGGACGACCUCUGCCAAGCUGCGACAGGCCUUGAUCGGGUCCGUCGCGAGGGAGCUCAACGACACCUAUCGCGCCGCGCCCGGCAUGAAGCCACCCGCGGACGCAAUCGAUGCAGCCAUGAAGGCGGGUUUUACGCGCCUCGACGACGAGAUUGUCAACCAGAGCGUCGAGAAAGUGCUUAAGCAAAACAACAAGACGGCAGCGGCGGAACUUCUGGCGCCCGCGCUGUCGGGGUCGUGCGCGCUCUUGUCUUUCUAUGACAGCCAGUCCAAGCUGCUACGCGUUGCUUGCACGGGUGACUCGCGAGCCGUUCUCGGCCGUCGCUCGGCGUCGGGCAAGUGGUCCGCUACGCCCUUGUCGAUCGAUCAGACAGGCGGCAACCCCGACGAGGCCGCCCGCAUGCGCAAGCUGCACCCAGGCGAAGAGCAUGUGGUACGGAACGGCCGAGUUCUCGGCGGCCUUGAGCCCACACGAGCGUUUGGCGACGCCAGCUACAAAUGGACUCGCGAGGUGUCGGAGCGACUGCGGCGGUCCUUUUUCGGGAGGACGCCUUCGGCUCUUCUCAAGACGCCCCCAUACGUCACAGCAGAGCCAGUGGUCACCACGACCAAGAUUGAGCCCGAAAAGGGCGACUUCCUCGUCCUGGCUACUGACGGCCUCUGGGAGAUGCUUACGAACGAGGAAGUCGUGGGCCUCGUCGGUAAGUGGCUAGAGAGCCAGACCGCGACCGGGACCCAGUCGCAGCUCGGCGCGGUGUGGUCCAACAUUUUCGGCUCGCAACAGAGCGGGCUCCCGGUUGAGGGCUCACAAGCCGCUUCUGAUUCGGGUGGCCAGAAGACGCCCAUCCGCAUACUGCAGUGGGGCCUAUCGCCCGACGGCAAGGACCGCUUUGUUGUCAAAGACAAGAACGCGGCAACCCACCUCAUCCGCAACGCUCUCGGCGGGAGGAACGAGGAGCAGGUCUCAGCACUCCUGACCCUCCCGUCCCCAUUUUCUAGGAGGUACCGGGAUGAUCUCACCGUCCAGGUAAUAUUCUUUGGCAGCGGGGAGAGGACAACAGGCGAGGUCGUUGUCAAUGAGGAGGCCACGGCGCCGGCUACAAAUUCAGCACGGGCAGCCGUGAAGCCUAAACUUUAAGGCCGUAGCCAUUGAUCAGAUCGAUAUCAAACACCUGCAACUAAGGCUUUGAUUUCUAUGCGAGCUAGGAUGCGGUGCCUUUCUUAGUAUUCAUCCGUGC